AUGGGCUCUAUCUCACCCCCGCGUGCUGUCGAAGCACUCCCAGCCAAUUCAGCAUCAGAAAAGAUCCUUGAUAUUCUCUACCGCGAUGGCGCCGUUGUUAUUAAGAGCCUCCUCUCCCUUGCCUCCGUCGCUGAGGUCAAUGGUGAGAUUCAGCCUUACAUGGAUGCCGACUACAACAGUGGACUGGAGGUCUUUGCCAAGCAAACCAAGACAGUCUGUGGACUGGCAGGAAAGUCGCCUGCCGCUGUUAAGUCCAUCUUGCAAAACCCCAUUGUCAAGACCGUCGUCAAUGACGUCCUCAGUGUCACCACUGAGAGCUGGUGGGGUGAGGCUCGCAAUAAGUGUGUCUCCCCUCCGUUGUUGAGCUCUUUCUUCACCGUUCGCGUGGGGCCUGGUAGUGCUCGCCAGGGUCUUCAUCGUGAUGACCAGGAUCAUCAUGCAACACACACCCACGGUGAUCCUAAAGAAACCACCAAGCUGGGGUGCUUUGUCGCAACUUCAAAGGUCACCAAAGAGAACGGAGCCACAGAGAUCGUCCUCGGCUCCCAUGUCUGGGACGAUGUGCGCAAGCCCACCGUGGAUGAGGUCAGCUAUGGAGAAAUGGACACCGGUGACGCCUUGUUGAUGCUGGGUAACUGCUACCACGGAGCGGGUGCGAAUGUCACGAACGACUCUUUCCGAAGCGUUGUCGUCACGUUGUUCUGCAAGGGUGUUUACCGAUCGGAGGAGAACCAGUUUCUCGCAGUCUCGCAAGAGCAAGCGGAGAAGUUGGACCCCGAGGUUCAGGAUCUCCUCGGAUGGAAGGCCAGUGCACCCUUCUGCGGAUGGUACGAUCUGGGCCAUCCCUACCGCCUCAUCCGUGAUGUUGAUAGCGUGGGCUCGGAUUUGUUUUGA